UCUGGGCCUCCUGGGGCAGGCCCUGCCCACGGCCCUCCCUGGCCACCACAGCUGCCAGGGCAGCGGCUGUGCUGGGAGCAGCCUGGCAGGGACUGGCAGGGAUCAGCUGCACUGGCACCAGGCACCAAGGGCCCCUUGGCUGCCACAGGCACAGCCAGGCUGGGCACAGGGCCUUGGGCAGGGAUUGGGUGGGCUCUGGUGUGGGGAUCAGGGCACUCAGGGGGCUGUCAGGGCAAAGGGCAAGAGGUGGCCAUUGUGGGAGAGUCAGUACACAUCUGGUCCCUGCAGCUGCAGGCCAGGCCUGGGAAUAGGGCACUGCUCAGCCUGGGGGUCUCCUGCUUGUUUAUAACACCUUUUUUUUUGUUAUUCUGUGUUUCAGCCUCACCUCCCUCGGGCCAAGAUGUCCUGCUACGAGCUGUGCCCCCCCAAAGCCAGCGUGGCUGUGCCCAAGCCCAGCGUGGCUGUGCCCCAGCCCAUCGCCGAGAGCUGCAACGAGCUGUGCGCCCGCCAGUGCCCCGACUCCACGGCCUUCAUCCAGCCGCCCCCCGUGGUGGUCACCUUCCCCGGCCCCAUCCUCAGCUCCUUCCCCCAGCAAGCCGUGGUGGGCUCCGCCGGAGCCCCCGCCUUUGGGGGCUCCCUGGGGCUGGGGGGCCUCUACGGCCAAGGGGCCACCCAGGCCUCGGGGGGCCUCUGCACCUUUCCCACAGCCUGCGCUGCUCCCGCCUGCAGCCCUUGGCUCCUGCCCCGCUACUCCAGGAAAAUCUGGGACACCUGCGGGCCCUGCUAGACCCAGCCCACACCCCACUGACAGCGCUCACCACGCUCCACAACCCACCAGCUGCACAACAGCCCUUGGCCUCCUCCAGCCCGGCACCACCAGCCUGCCUGGCUCUUGCCCACCAUCUCUCUCACACUCUCUCCUGACCCUCUCUGCUCAAUAAACUUUUCCUGCAGUCAA